AUGAGUUACUAUAACCAAAACUAUCAGCAAAACGCUGGGUAUACCGACCAGUACGGUCAGUAUCAGUCGUAUCAACAGCAGUACCAGCAACCCACGUACAAUUACAACCAGGGGUACGGCCAGGACUACAGCCAAUCAACCGGCUCCAACAACCAAUACUACAACCAAAACAAUGGCGUCCAAACCCAGCAAGGCGAGCGUGGCCUUCUAGGCGCCGUAGGCGGCGGCGCAGCCGGUGCCUACGGUGGCCACAAAGUGAACCACGGCUUCCUUGGUGCUAUCGGCGGUGCCAUCAGCGGCCACCUCGCGGAAGAAUACGCCAAGAAGAAGCGUGGCAACCACAAGCACAAGGCGCAACAUCACAAUGCUCACGGCCAGAAGAACAGCAUGAGCACCCUGGGCGGCGGAUCCGUUGGAAGCGCGAUGUCAUCGAUCUUCUCCUCGAAGAAUGAUAAGAUGAUUUUGAGUAGUGCACGCGCAACGGUUGUUUUUGAAUUGGACGGGGACGCCUGGAAAGUUUAUCCCACUGAUCCACCCAUACGCCAAAUGUCUCUCUCAGAAUAA